AUGGGGGUACAAGAACUUGUGCAGUAUAUCAGAGAAAACUUCGAGAAGAAGUAUGCCGAGAAUAUUGCCAAUGGUUUAUACGAUGAACGUGACAUCAGCAAACUGCGAGAGGACUCGACGUUUGUGCGCACCUACAUCCGGGGGAAGGACAGGCUGGAUGAGGGUGUCGACCUGGUGCAUUCCUCGUUCAAGUUCCGGAAAGAGAUAAAGAUUGGGGAUGUGACAGAAGCUACCUUUGAUAGAGAACUAUUGGAGCUUGGAGGAAUUUAUUUCCACGCCAGAGAUGGCAAUGGUCAUCGAAUAUUGUGGCUGAGGGUGAAGAUGCACAGAAAGGACGCGUCGCCGGACAGGCUGGCCAUGGAGAAGCUGGGCUUUGUGUCUGCCCUGGAGAAAGCCUUCCUCGAGUCGCCCCUGCAGCAAGUAGUCGUCUGCCUGGACAUGACGUCGUGUGGAAUCGCUAAUCUGGACAUGGACUUUGUGAAAUACAUCAUCACUUGCUUCAAAUUCUACUAUCCCACAUUCUUAGCAUACAUGCUUAUCUAUGACAUGCCGUGGAUCUUCAAUGCUGCGUGGAAAGUGAUCAAAGCAUGGCUGAGCGCUGAGGCCGCCGCGAAAAUAAAAUUUGUGACGAAGGCAGACGUUCAGACGUACAUACCCGCCGACCAGUUACCGGAGCGCAUGGGAGGGACGGACACUUUUGUCUACGAGUACACACCCGGGAUGGGAGACGAUCCGCUCUACCCGGAGGACGAAGAGAAAAAGACACAGAAAAAAGUCACAUUCCAGGAUGCGCACAGUUCGAGUCCUACAAACACAUCGUCAGAAGACUCGGAGACGUCCUCCGAAGUGAACCUUAACGCUCAAGCCUCUUCCACCACCAGUGGUCUGAGGCACCGUCACUCCAACCACAACCACGUCGACACCAACAACAGCGCCAACGAGAGGCCUCCUGUCCGUGUUCGUCGUUCUUCGUCUAACGGUCCUAACACUUAUGUUGGGAGGCUUUUGACCGUCAGUCCGGCAGACGAACUGACGUUUGAAAUUCCUGAGACGGGCGACGCCUUUGAUGUGAUCACAUUGGCCAACACUCUUCCUUUCCCUGUUGCUUUCAAGGUGAAAACGACUUCACCCGAAAAAUACAGAGUUCGUCCAAGUUCUGGUCUUGUGAAGCCUAAGAAGUCUGAGGAGAUUUUUGUUUACCUGGUGAAUGACAGCAAAGAGAAUGUAUCAAAAGACAAGUUUCUGAUCAUGGCCACGGAGGCCACAGGCAAAGACCUCAGCGACGUCACCAAACUGUGGAAGGACGUGGGGAAAGACGCCAUCAUGGAGCACAAACUGAAAUGUUCAACAUCCAAGAAAGAGGCGAUGACGCGACUCCCCGUCAGAGACACGGCGGCGGGAGGAGGAGGAGGAGGAGGCAAUGUAGCGCAGAGCCCGCCAGUACCAGAGAGUGUGGAGGAGAAAAACCGUAAGCCCCAUGGCCCUGCUCCCUAUGCUGCCACUGCUGGUGCUGCCGCUUCCAAACCGCCUUUUCCCACUGACGAGGAGAUGGACGCGCAGGUGGACCGCCUGGAGCGUCAGAACCAACACAUGCAGCGUCAGCUCAACCUGCUGCUGGUCAUACAGAUCGGCACGGCCUUGACCUUCUUGCUCAUGGUGAUGUCCUACUCGUGCUUCGGGGAGGAACUCUUCACCCGCUUCCUGACCCUGCCCUUUGACUUCUGCGGCGACUCCUUCGGGCGGAAGUGUUGAUGGUUUUUUGCGGGUUUAUUGGGUGAGAUUGGGAGCGAGGGAAGAGAGACAGAUGGGGGUUUAUUUUCAGUUGAGAUUUUACAAGAGUAAAGAGAGAAAAAAGGGAAUUUGGGGUGGUAGAGGGGGGGAUAUGAGAGGUUAGGGGAGUGGACAAGCGUGUUUAUUACCUGUGGAGAUUACAAGAGCAGACAGGACAAGACUGGGCGAGAAAGACUGAAAAUCAAAAAAGAGUUGACAUACUGAAAUGAGAUAAGAAAGCUGUGAUUUUGGUGACAUCUGUUUGAUUCUUCCAUAGGCUUGCAUGCACUUGAAUGAAGUGUUUAGUGAAAUUUUCCGUUGUGGGAAUAGAGGAGUGAGUGGUCAUGACAAAACUGCACUGCUACGAAAAAAGAUGAGUGGCUUCAGAACAGUGUUGUUUUAAGGUCAUAGCUUGGGAAAUUCUGAGCAGAAAAGAGUAUUCGUUUGGAAAGAGAAUGAGUUAGGGGUGUCUUUUGGGAAGUAAGGAGUCCUCUAUUGUUCUUGACUGUGACAUGUGGCUAUGUAUGGGGAGACGGGAGGAGGUGGGCAGAGAUGUUUUGUGUGUUUUCUGUCAGAUGCGUGUCUUUUUUGUCACUGUGUCCUGUUCCUUCUCUCCCCUGUCUUGUGCUAUCUUCUGUCCCACCCAGUUUUGCAGACACGUUUUCAUUCAGUACGGUAGCUUUGUUGUUGACUGAACUUUAGAGAAUACAUACUUACUUCUAGCCUGUGGCAGUGGGAAACUGGCUCCUUUUUUCGACAAUUUGUACUAAUCAAAGAUCUUAAAAAAUAGGGCCUAUAUAUUAUAUUAUUUUUGUACCUUUCAACUUGACGAAACUUAUCAGCUCAUGCCUUACAGAAGUUUUUUUGUGACUGAGCAGCUAGUUUGGUGGUUUGGUUGGUUUGCCUCUUUUCUUUAUAUUAUGUUACUCUCUACUAAUACCUGUAAUCUCUGGUGUGUAUAGGGCCUACUUGUGUUUCAAGUGCCAUGAAAAUUUGAAUAAAACUGAAAAGGUAGCUAUGGGGUGGUGCUUGCAGGAUGCCAAUAGUAGGUUUAAGUUCUUUUUUUUCCCCCACCGUUGUUUCUGUCUGCCUACAUAAUUCUUUCACUGUAUUAGAUGACUGUAAUUGCGUCGAUGUGUUUUGCAAUUCUCUAACUGGGACAGAGGUGGCUUAGAGAGGGUAUUUAUUGUCUCUGCUGACAGAAUAGAUACGUGGUGGAAUCAGGGGCGUGUCAAUUUUUAGACAU